AAAAAGCACCAAGGUCUGUUUGUGCAGUUGGAGCUGGAACACCGAUUAGCAACCUGGCCAACAUCCAUUGAACAGUGAAGAUUAUUUAGAUUAUUGGCUUCCUGAAGCCAGAAAGAAAAGAAGAACAGAAUCUGCAAAACCAAGGAAGAAACACUAUGAGUACUGCCGGCAAAAUCAUUAAAUGCAAAGCAGCCAUUGCCUGGGAGAUUAAGAAACCCCUGAGCAUUGAACAGAUAGAAGUAAGCCCCCCAAAGGCUCAUGAAGUUCGCAUUAAGAUUUUGGCCACAGGGAUAUGUCGCUCAGAUGACCAUGUGAUCAGUGGUGCUUUUGCUAUGCCUUUACCAAUGGUUCUGGGCCAUGAAGCAGCUGGCGUUGUGGAGAGCGUUGGAGAGGGAGUCACCUGUGUAAAACCAGGAGACAAAGUAAUCCCACUCUUUGUUCCACAGUGUGGAAAAUGCAGCUCUUGCAAAAGUACCAAAGGCAACCUCUGUACUGUAAAUGACCUCAGUAGUGGCCAGGGCUUAAUGCCAGAUGGUACUAGCAGGUUCACUUGCAAAGGAAAGAGUCUUUACCAUUUCAUCAGCACCAGUACCUUCACUGAAUACACUGUGGUGCAUGAAACUGCAGUGGUCAAGAUUGAUGAUGCUGCUCCUUUGGAAAAAGUAUGUCUGAUUGGCUGUGGGUUUUCUACUGGUUAUGGAGCAGCUGUUAAAACAGCACAGGUGGAGCCUGGGUCUACCUGUGCUGUUUUUGGCUUGGGGGGAGUUGGUCUCUCAGCAGUGAUGGGUUGCAAAGCAGCUGGAGCCUCUCGAAUCAUUGGAGUUGACAUCAACAAGGACAAAUUUCCUAAAGCGAAAGAAUUGGGAGCCACCGAGUGUGUCAACCCCCUGGAUUUCAAGAAGCCCAUCAACAAAGUGCUGUUUGAUUUGACAGACGGAGAAGGCGUAGACUAUUCAUUUGAAGUGAUUGGCCGUACAGAUACCAUGACUGCGGCUCUGGCUUCUUGCCACAACAACUAUGGAACCAGUGUGAUUGUGGGGGUGCCUCCUUCAGCAGCUCAGAUCGCUUUUGAUCCAAUGUUGCUUUUCACAGGACGUACCUGGAAAGGAUCGGUCUUUGGAGGAUGGAAGAGCAAGGACUCUGUCCCUAAACUCGUUUCUGAUUUCAUGGGGAAGAAAUUCAUUUUGGAUCCACUAAUAACACAUACAAUGCCUUUUGAGAAAAUUAAUGAAGGAUUUGAACUUCUCCGGUCAGGAAAGAGCAUCCGCACUGUCUUGACCUUUUAAGAUCUUGGUGUAAGAAGAAGGCCAGCACAGAAUCACAGUU